UUGCCCUGCCGCGGUUGCUUCCCUUACCCUGUGCCGCCAUUAAAGCGCGUCGGCUUGGUGUUUUGGGACUCGAGGGAAAAGGAUGAAAAUGGUAUAAAGCGUCACCUCAGACGCCCGCGGGACGGGACUAGGGGGGGGGGGUUCUUGCUCCGCGGUAUGUACGGACCUUCCGCUGCCGACUAAACUGCGCCCCAAAGAAGUAAAUAUGCGGUCAGUGUAGGACAAGUGAGAGAAACCCGAGUUCGGUGGGUUUCUCGGCUCUUUGGGGGGUCGGAAAAGCUCCAUUUGUUUUGGCUGCAGUGGGACACGGAGGAGUGUAAACACGAGCAACGGUAAGGAUUUAGACGAAUGUCUUGCAGAGUUGACGAGGGCCUCUCGGACGGUGACAGGCGGACAGGGGACGACACAUAAUCCCGUAACGUUAGCGGGCAGCCAGCUAGCCUUUGGCUGCAGUUUCUGGCUGGCAACCGAACCAACGGCAGGGUCGGUGUCAUGUAAGAUAACAAACGGCUCGCGGCGCGGUCUGCUCAUGCGCACCAGGAGCUAGUUUGUUUGUUCGGGAAAGUUAACUGUAAACGCGUACGUGACACAUAACAAUGUGUUUUUGCAGCCCACUGCUUGGAUAGUAGUCACGAGUAAACAUGUUGAAGGUGACUGACGUCACCGCAGUCAAACACGGGUCAUGUUCCCGUGCAGAUAUUGUUGUUGUUUUUGGAUGGCGCUUCAAAACCUGCAACCGUGGAAGAAUCGUGUCACUCAAAUGUGUUGAAGGGUGUGUUGGUAAACUGAGAGGUGUGGUGCGCAGUGCAACCAACUCCCAGCGAGUUAACUUUAUCUUAACGGCUCUAAUUUCGUAAAUAAUCUGCAGAAUGUGGCACCCGGGGUAGGAUUCACUUUCAUUUCGGUGAUAGGCUUUGGGGGAGAAUGCAGUGGGGGUGCAUCGGUAACGUUAAGUGUCUUCACCGGUCACGCGCCUCCCUGCUGGGUGUCUGGUUUCAUAUGUCCUUGUCUCCUGUUACCUAGCUCUGUUGUAGGGCACAUUGGCCUAGUGUGUAUAACUUGUAUGUGUUUUUUAAAGCUAGUGUCGGGUUGUAAGAGAACUGCGGACGUUCAGGCUGCGUCUUCCUGCUGGCACUGCUGUGUGGUUUGUAAACAUUGCUCCGUUUUUGUGUGUUUUGUUUCGAGGUGGUGUUGGGUCAAGAGCAAACGGCACUGUGGAUUUUUGCAAGUGUUUGACAGUAAAUCUGCCAACGACUAACUGUAAUAAAGCAUGCUUUGUUCAGGUUUUGUGUAUGUGGAACAUUGGAGAGAUUUACUAGUGAAAAUGGAGCACCAUAUUUUGCCAUUGAUCUCAAUUGUCUUGUUGAUCUAUGAAAAUAAUCUGUCUUUGAGUUAUAAGAUGUGUAUCAUUUUUAUUUAAAUUAUGUGGUUUAGUUUAAUAUGUUUAUUUGCCAUACCACUAAAUAGUUAUCGCUAAAAUACCCUGUGUUGUUUUCCCCUCUCUACCCUAGUGAGCUGCCGUGUGAGAGUGGAUCAGCCGAGCUGAGAACCCCUCUGAACGGCGGGGAACCUCCUUCAGCGGUGGUGCGACGAUGACCGAGCUGAUUGCCAAGUGGGCUUGUGAAUACUGCACAUACGAGAACUGGCCGUCGGCCAUCAAGUGCACCAUGUGCCGCGCUCAGAAACCCAGUGGGGGUGCCAUCAUUACCGAGGAGCCCUUCAAGAGCAGCCCUGCUCUGGAUGCCGGUCUGCACCAGUGGGACCCUGCUGGCCUCGGCAACAGCCCGACCCAGGGGGGCUCCAGCUUACUUAUCUGUCCAGACUCCAGUGCCCGACCCCGCGUGCGCAUCGCUGACGCGCCGGAGACGAGUAGCAAGUGGUCGUGCCACAUGUGCACCUACUUUAACUGGCCUCGGGCAAUCCGUUGCACCCAGUGCCUUUGCCAGAGGCAACACGCGCAACAUGCAAUCCGUCAAAGACAUCACACCCGGCAGCCACGCAGCCCCAUAGAAUCACCACAGACCUCAGGCUCUGGAUGCCGCCCCGCUCCCCUGCCCACCACGACGGACCCCUGUGAGGAAUAUAAUGACCGCAACAGGCUCAACACUCGUGUGAAGCACUGGACCUGCACUGCCUGCACUUACGAGAACUGGGCCAAGGCGCUCAAGUGUGUGGUGUGUGACCACCCUCGGCCAAAUAGUCUGCUCGCUGAACCCAUCGAGCUGGCAUCGGCGCCCGAGAGCCAACGACCUUCCUCGAAACUUAACGAGCGGGACGGAGACAACAGGAGAGGCGUUGUCGGGCACGUGGUUGGACCAGGAGGAGGGAGCGUGGUAAGUGGGGUGGUCGGUUGUAGCACCAGCCAAAGGAGGUCACCUCCGACCUCAAAACGGGAGUCAGAGGUCAACAUGGACUUGCAGAGGAUUGAACUGGCAUCCGGGGCUGGGAUUGGGAGCAAAGAGGAGCUGGAAGUGGACUUCAAAAAACUGAAGCAGAUUAAGAACAGGAUGAGAAGAACUGAUUGGCUGUUCCUCAAUGCCUGUGUUGGUGUUGUGGAAGGAGACCUGGCAGCCGUGGAGUCCUACAAGUCAUCGGGUUGUGACAUUGCACGUCAGCUGACGUCAGACGAGGUGCGUCUAUUAAAUCGUCCCUCAGCAUUUGAUGACGGCUUCACGCUGGUUCACCUAGCCAUCCGCUUCCAGAGACAGGACAUGCUGGCUGUGUUACUCACAGAGGUGUCCCAACAGGCAGCCAAGUGCAUCCCGGCCAUGGUGUGUCCCGAGCUCACGGAGCAGAUCCGGCGCGAGGUGGCCGCCUCGCUUCACCAGCGCAAGGGAGACUUCACCUGCUACUUCCUCACCGACCUGGUGACCUUCACCCUGCCCGCAGACAUCGAGGACCUUUCCCCGGCUGUUCAGGAGAAGCUGUUUGACGAGGUGCUGGACCGAGACGUACAGAAAGAACUGGAAGAGGAGUCGCCCAUCAUCAACUGGUCCCUGGAGCUCGCCACCCGGCUGGACAGUCGGCUGUACGCCCUGUGGAACCGCACGGCCGGGGACUGCCUGCUGGACUCGGUGCUGCAGGCGACGUGGGGCAUCUACGACAAGGACUCGGUGCUGCGCAAGACGCUCCACGACAGCCUGCACGACUGCUCUCACUGGUUCUACACCCGCUGGAAGGAGUGGGAGUCGUGGUACUCCCAGAGCUUCGGCCUGCACUUUUCCCUCCGGGAGGAGCAGUGGCAGGAGGACUGGGCUUUCAUCCUCUCGCUGGCUAGUCAGCCAGGAUCCAGCUUGGAGCAUACCCACAUUUUCGUCCUCGCACACAUUCUCCGUCGGCCCAUCAUCGUCUACGGAGUGAAGUAUUACAAAAGUUUCCGUGGUGAAACGCUGGGGUACACCCGUUUUCAAGGAGUGUACUUGCCCCUUUUGUGGGAGCAGAGCUUCUGCUGGAAGAGCCCCAUCGCGCUGGGCUACACGCGGGGACACUUCUCAGCACUGGUUGCCAUGGAGAACGACGGCUUCGAUAACCGCGGCGCGGGCGCCAACCUCAACACGGACGACGACGUGACCGUCACGUUCCUGCCGCUGGUCGACAGCGAGAGGAAGCUGCUGCACAUCCACUUCCUCUCGGCGCAGGAAAUGGGGAAUGAGGAGCAGCAGGAGAAGCUGCUGCGCGAGUGGCUGGACUGCUGCGUGACGGAGGGCGGGGUUCUGGUGGCGCUUCAGAAGAGCUCCCGCCGCCGCCGCCACCCGCUCGUCACCCAGAUGGUGGAGAAGUGGCUGGACGGCUACCGGCAGAUCCGCCCCUGCGCCUCUCUGUCCGACGGCGAGGAGGAGGAGGACGACGAUGACUAGUGACGGAACCGAAGGGGAGUUUCUCUUCAUACAUUUUUUUUUUUUUUUUUUCUUUCCUCACACGGAAAAACUGUGAAAGCCUUCAGGAGAAGACGGGCAACCUCGAGAACCCCCGGGUCACCACGGGCAACCACGAGGACCCCCGGGGUCACCGCCUCCAACGGGAGUCGCCCUCGGACUACAGCUGACCCGUCUGACCCGUGACUGACGAACACUCGGAACCACUCAACUGCUGCCAAACACCGAUUUGGGGAGAGAAUAAAGGUUUACAAAUGCAAAUGACCUUUAGAUUUGUUUUUGAUUUUAAAAUGUAAAGGGAAAAAAAGGAUUCUCUGUCCGUCGAUGUAAAUGCAUGUUGUUGUUUUGACGAGUAUACGGAAAUAUACCAGCAUCGAUUCAAAUCAACACUUUAUAUCUGUUCACGGACGAACGCACACUUCCAAAUGAUCUUUUUGAUGUUUUAAGAGCUUGUUUAGCGUUUAGUUUCUCAAUGGGCGGGGACGAAGCCAAUAAAUAUCUUUAUCUUUAGAAAACCAGAGGUUGCGUAAUACUAAAUGACUUAAAUCCUUAUUACUAAGCAUUGCACAUUUAGUAAAACAUUUCUAUAUAAAUACAGAAUCAUUGCUUGAAUUAAGGUCACAUAUGAAAAGGGAGAUUUUCCCUUCACAAGUCAAAUCUACACUCACGACGUUUUAACACACACACACACACACUCAUGUUGGAUCUUUUGGUUUACCUUUUUUCAGACUGAACUGAGAAGUUGUGCGCGUGUUUUUUUUCUUCUCUGAACUUACUCGACAUAUUUAUUAUUGAAAACCUAUUUUUUUUUUCCUCUUUGUGGUUUUGUUAAUUAUUCUCAUAAACUUGAUGAAGUCUCGUUUCACAGAAACACUGUCGCUGUGAAGAAAUAACCAAGUGUGUGUGUGUGUGUGUGAGAUCUGGUGCUUUUCCUUUGGAGACAUAAAGUCCCACUCAUCUCAUUGUUGUCGCCCAUUUCCUUCGUCCCUCUUCUUCCUCACAGCGGUCGUUGUCCAGGUCGCCCUCGCGCUACAUGUCAGCGCACCUCUUUAACUCUUUGUUGUCAUUGUGUGAACUCAUCUUUACCUUUUUUUGGGGAUUAUGGUCGUUAUGAGACUUCAACAUAUGAAACCAAAGCUGACAGGAGAACAAACACCAGUUGUUACUUUUUGCUGUGAAUGUUUUAGUUUUCUCUCGCCAUCGCGUUCUGUAACUUCUUUCGUGUUUUAUUCGAGUCACACACAGUUUGUAUGUUGCUUUGUAUUUAUGCAAUAGUUGCAGUUGUGACUGAUGGUUUGUGCAUUUAGGCCUGACUUUACUAUCCAGAGUGUAACGCCAUGACCAGGCAGAAUAAGGAACACAUGAAUAAAGGAAACUCUUUUUGAAUGUC